AUGGAUGGACGAGCAGAAAUGGAGGUGAUAAGAAGCACAAAAGGGAAUGUGACUGGGGAGGUCAGUGUCCAUUUAGUGGCCAGUGAGAAUACUGUGCAAAAUGCCCACUUACCAGCAACUACCUUCAUCAUCCCAGCAACCACAACCACUGUAAACCUUCCAGUGAACACCUUAGAAAUCCAGCGAUUCCCCCGAGAAGCCCAGAAAAACAUGGGGGCAGAGAGGCCAAGAGAAUGUGUGGGGAAUGAGCCCAUCACAGCAACAGUCAUCCCUCAGAUCAGUGGAGUACAGAUUUGCAACACCAUCCGGGAUCUGGAAUGGAAAGAUGGGAUAGCCACUCUCCCUGGGAGCAACCUAAGGUUUCGAAUAAAUGAAUAUGGGACAGUGAAAGUAGUCGGCGCUGACAAACCUUCACCCGCAGAGCCUAUACAGGAGUGUCAGUCAGAAAGAAAUGGGGAUGAUGGAGGGGUACUUACCUGCAAGGGCAAUCCCAUCAGGACUCCAGAUGUUCCAGAACCUCUUAAACUUCCAACUGUGGACAACCUGUGCCACUGCAAUACCUGUGGCCGGAGAAAUGUUUCUGGGUCAGCCCAGGAAGGCAGGGCGUUUUGCAGUGAGAACUGUCACCGGCAGUUCAAAGAAAGGUCUGUCAUUGUGGAGAACUCUGCUGGCAUCACCAACACUACUGAACUUCUCAAGCCGGUAAAGAAACGGAAGAGGAAAGAUUAUCAAAGCCCUUCAGAGGAGGAAGAGGAAGAGUCAGAGCAAAUGGAACUAAAGCAGGAGGAGACAAACUGCUCUGGAGGAGAACUUCCUGCGGCUAAUAAUGGUAAUGAAGAAUGGAAUGCCAGUCAGCUUGUUUCCAGUGAGAAGGCGGAAAGUUGGACCUGGGCAUCCUACCUAGAAGAACAAAAAGCCACAGCUGCCCCUUUAAAUCUGUUCCAGGAACAUCAGUUGGUUACCCAGAACAAGAAUGGUUUCAAAGUGGGAAUGAAACUGGAGGGGAUUGAUCCUCAGCACCCUUCAAUGUAUUUUAUUCUCACUGUAGCAGAGGUGUGUGGCUACAGGAUGCAGCUUCAUUUUGAUGGCUAUUCUGAAUGCCAUGAUUUUUGGCUGAAUGCUGACUCUCCCAAUAUUCAUCCUGCUGGCUGGUUUGAGAAAACAGGACACAAACUCCAACCCCCCAAAGGUUACAAGGAAGAUGAAUUCAGCUGGGCCAAUUACCUGAAGAUGACGAAAGCUCAGGCAGCUCCCAAGCAUCUCUUUGCGAGUUCAGAAAGUAAUGCUAUGCCCAUAGGAUUCCAAGUAGGGAUGAAACUUGAAGCAGUGGACCGUAUGAAUCCCUCUUUGAUAUGCGUGGCCACAGUGACAGAUGUAGUGGACAAUCGCUUUUUGGUGCACUUUGACAACUGGGAUGACACAUAUGACUACUGGUGUGAUCCCAGUAGCCCCUACAUUCAUCCUGUUGGUUGGUGUCAGGAACAUGGAAAACCUCUCACUCCUCCACAAGACUACCCUAACCCUGAGAACUUCAGCUGGGAAAAAUAUUUGUCAGAAACAGGUGCUUCUGCAGCACCAACUUGGGCCUUUAAGGUGAGACAGCCCCAUGGCUUUCUGAUCAACAUGAGAUUGGAGGCAGUGGAUCGAAGGACUCCCUCUCUAAUCAGAGUUGCUAGGGUAGAGGAUGUAGAAGACUACAGAAUAAAGAUCCAUUUUGAUGGCUGGAGCCAUAUCUAUGAUUUCUGGAUUGACUCAGAUCACCCAGACAUUCACCCUGUAGGAUGGUGCUCAAAAACUGGACAUCCAUUGCAGCCUCCUCUCAGGCCAAAGGAACCCGUCUCUUCUGCCAAUGGAAGCUGUCCAACCUUGGCCUGUAAAACCCUCCCUGCUACCAAGAGUUCCAAAUAUAGCUUUCAUAGAAAGUGUCCAACACCUGGUUGUGAUGGCUCAGGCCAUGUGACAGGGAGAUUUACAGCUCAUUACUGCAUCUCAGGGUGUCCCUUGGCAGAGAAAAACCAGGGAAGGGUAAAGGCUGAACUUUCAGACACUGAAAACUCUGUUCGAAAGAGGAACCUAAUUGGUUAUUCUCAGAAGAAGAAAUCUCGCCAUCAUGGAAGAAUAGGGCGACCUCCUAAAUACCGGAAAAUCCAGCAGGAAGAUUUCCAAACCAUUUCAUCAGAUAGUAUGCACCAGUCUCUCUUUAUGUCAGCCUUGUCAGCACAUCCAGACCGUUCCUUAUCCCUCUGCUGGGAACAGCAUUGUAAGCUUCUGCCUGGAGUAGCUGGGAUCACAGCAUCCACUGUGGCCAAGUGGACAAUUGAUGAGGUCUUCAGCUUUGUACAGACGUUAACAGGUUGUGAGGAUCAAGCAAAACUCUUCAGAGAUGAGAUGAUUGAUGGUGAGGCCUUCCUUCUGCUGACUCAGGCUGACAUUGUGAAGAUCAUGAGCGUAAAACUUGGCCCAGCACUUAAAAUCUACAAUGCCAUCCUCAUGUUCAAAAAUGCUGAUGAUACCUUAAAAUGAACUAGCCAAUACAGCAUUUGACUUUCCUCCACAGAGAAACUGCCAGACUCUCUUGUCUGUCUGUCUUGGAUGAAUUGAGACCUUCUUGACUGCUGCAGUUGUAAAAUCCUGCCAACUUGUUCUCUCUGAGUCUUCAAUUUUGUUUACAAGCAAAACACCCUCCCUCCCUCCCUCCCUUCCUCCCUCCCUCCCUUCCAUUGGCCUUUUUGAAUUCUGUCCUGAUCAUGUUUAAGAAAUUCCAGGAAUGACUUGCCUGAUGCCAGAAAUCCUGCUAAGUUCUUCUAUGUUGGUUUUGAUGGCAUACAAGAUGGGUUUGAGAUCAGAUUUGCUAUUGAAUUUAACCUGCUGUGGCUUUCACCUAUCAACUCUGACUGCUUGAAUUCUUACAUUACACAGUGUGCCUGGAUUAGUAUUUAUUGUUUUGCAGUAUAUCCACUGCUAUGGAUAUAUGGCUAUCAUGUACAGUAUUUGGAAGCAAGUUCAAAAUCUGAUUUUUCUGGGCAAAAGUCAGUUUCUUAACUAUCAGCAAUUUGACGAUGAGUGAGAUAGGACAUAUAGGAUCAGAAAACAAGUUUAGCAAAGUAACAAUAUUAAUACUUUGCAAUAAGUGAAAACAUUUCUCCCAAAGAAUAACUAAUUGUAGUGCAGAGCUAGCUAACUAUCUUGUCAUAUUGGCCAUGAGAUAUAUGAAAUGAAGAAAAAAUGUUGUGCAGUGCAGCAGUUCUCAAAUUCUUUGAUUGCAUCAACUUUGUCCCAUCAAUCAGUAUUCAGUUCAACAUGUGUGCCAAAUGUUUAUAUUUUGCUAUUUCACAACAUAGAUUAGAAACUGUUCUUACUUAAAGGGAAGAUUGUUCUUAUAGUUUCACCUUAACAGUUUAAGGUGUGUUGUAAACAUUCAAUUAAUCAAUAAUUCUGUUGCUAAUUGCAUAGGGUUUUUCCUAUGUCCUCUUAAUAAUGACUAACAAACAUAUGACAUUCUGUUGAGCCAUUUAUGUUGUACCCACAUGGACUUAGAAGAAAAGGCAGGAGUUGUAAUGCCAGUCCCUCAUUAAGGCAAGGUGGAAAAGUGGUCUUAGACAGUAGAGUUUGAAUUUCAUUAAAAUACAGGAUUUUGUUGUUAAUUUAUUAUUGUUGUCUUUACUUUUGUGAAGAAGGUUAGAAAGCCAUAUGAAUUUUCCAUGUCAGGUGCCCAAAUAUCUUGGGAUGGUCCUGUUGGAUUUAGCAAUUUCUUCUGAUUUCAGUAAUUUGGAUUUCUUUUUGGAACUUUUCCUCUCAAUUCUUCCGACUCUUGUAUGAACUUGUCAGUGGUCCUUGAUAAUAGAAUCAUCGUGCUGAAUAUGGUGGUUGAACUAAGGCUUUUGUGGCCAGAGUGAGACCUCAGUUUCUUAGAUCUAACUUGCAACAUGAUGGAGCUCCUUAAGAACACUUUUUUUUCCCUCCACUUCAGUUUAUGAAGGCAAGGAUAAUUUUCUUUAACCAUGAACAUACCACCAACAUGCCUGAUAUAAAUGUAGUCUCUGAAGUCUACUUUUCCAUUUCCAUACAAAGUACCUAUAGAAAUGCAGUGUUUUGACUUAUUAUGAAAUACCUAAGACAUAUUUGGCUUUUUUUCUUUUAACUAUUGGCUACUUGCUUUUGAAACAAAUAUGUAUCUCAAUUUUCCUCUUUUUAAUAAGUGGUCCCAUGUUACCAAUUUCUUAUGUUCCCUCUGAACAUCAUGUUUAGUUCCUAAGAAGCACAGUGCCAAGAAGAAAGAAGUUUUGCAUCUCUUAUCAGACCCUUCCAAACGAUGCCAAUGAUGAAUGUGCCAAACUCAUUCUAUAUCCAAAGAGAUAUACUUUUUAUCCAUAGAAAUAAAACACCUGGAAUACCUAGAUGAUUUUUAACAAUGGAUGUGGACUUGAAAGUCCUGUUUUUGACAUAAUCAUAGUAAGUCUAAUUUGCUGCACAAUUACCUUUAUAAGGCGGCCACUUGUAGGAAGCAAACCCUUCAAAAAGAAAAAGCAAUUAUUCUGUUCUUACUAACUUUUGUUAAAUUUCCAAGUGCAUUUCUCCUGAAUUUGACAGUGAGAUGUAACUUUAGAACUCCAUGGGUGGCCUAUUGAGAAUGAUAAAGGAUUCAUCUUUGAACCUGAAACAGAGGAAGGGGAUAGCUGGUUCAGGAAUGCUUGGGUGAUGCUGAGGUCCUUUUUGAUGGAGUUGCUACUACUGUCAUUGUCCCACCAAAAGUGUUGCUGUUGAGAGAUGCAGGCAAUCCAGCUCUAGUUCUUCAACCAUUUUAGAUUCCUUUGUUUGGCUCAGUUGAAAUCAGCUUUUAUAUAUAUGUAUAUAAUUUUUAUUAACGCCUUUAA